AUGUCUGAAUACGAACUAGCUUCUAAAGGACCUCUGAAACUGAAGAAAGUUUCUGAUCCUCAAAUUAAGAAAAAGAUGAAAAACAAAAAAAUUAAAAACGUCGGGGAGAAAGAAAUAGCCGAAAUGGUGAACUCUUCGAACGUCAGAUUAGUCGAUAUGGGGUACUCCAAAAGCGUUGAACCAGUCGCGAAGACGGCAGCUGAAAUUGCCUUUGAGAAAGCCAAAGAGAAGAGGUCCAUAGAGGAAUUGAAGAAAAAAGCUUUUAAAAGUCACAGAGAAAGAAUCUUGGAGUUCAAUGUGAAGAUGGACAAACUGACUGAAUACAACGACAUUCCUAAAGUAUCUUGGACAAAAUAA